AUGGUGGACACAAACUACAAACGUUUCGUUUUUACAACUUGUGUACUACCACGGAAGCACUCGAAUCGUCAUCGAUACUUCCCUUUCCACUGUCUUUCUCAGCAAACUCUUUUUCCAUUCGAUCGAUUCGAGAGGACUCUUCGAGCAACCUGGCAAGAACACUCGACUCAUCGAAUAGCAUUUGUGGACGGUCCACUGAUUCGGACGGCUGAAAAUAAGAGGGAACAUGUGAUGGAAGAGGAGUUUUUGAUGACAUUGAGAGAUUAA